AUGGCGGAAUAUAACGAUCCGAAGAUACACCAGAUGGUGACUGACAACAUGACAAACAAGGAAACACACAUCAUGCUUUCCCAAGAGAAAGGAAGAAAUGGUCGUCCACGGAUUCUGAUUUCUGAGGACUCUGUAUGCCAGCUUCUUGCUCUAGGAUUACCUGUGACAUGCAUUGCAAGGCUGCUAGGGGUGUCCAAGUUCACAGUUCAUAGGCGCAUGGCGGAUUGGGGAUUGUCUGUAAAGGCAACUUAUAGCAACUUAACAGACGUAGAACUAGACUCACUAGUGGAAACAAUCCACACUAGCAAUCCAAAUGCAGGAUACAGAAUGAUGAUGGGUCUUCUGAGGGCACAAGGUAUUCGGGUGCAAUGGGACAGAGUUCGUUCUUCAAUGCAUCGAGUUGACACAGCAAGCAUUGUGUCCAGGAUGUCACAGUUAGGAUGUGUGGUUAGGAGGACAUACUCUGUCCCCAGCCCAAAAUCUCUAAUGCACAUCGAUACAAACCACAAGCUUAUACGGUACAACAUCGUGAUAUUUGGAGGCAUCGAUGGCUUCUCAAGGAAGAUAAUGUAUCUUGGCGUGUCUAAUAACAAUCUGGCUUCUUCAACACUGUCUUUCUUCCGUGAGGCAGUUCAGAAGUUUGGAUUUCCACUGAGGGUCCGGGGCGAUCAUGGAGGAGAGAAUGUGGAUGUGGCCAGCCUUAUGUUCUCGGUUCGGGGAACAGGAAGAAGUAGCUUUAUUGCGGGUAAAAGUGUUCACAAUCAGAGAAUAGAGCGAUUGUGGCGCGAUGUGUUCACUGCCGUUACCUCCCAUUUCUACCAUGUCCUGCACCAGCUGGAAGAAGAUGGACAUCUUGAUCUGUCCAGCAGUCUGCACAUCUUUUGCUGUCACUAUGCCAUCAUCCCACGCCUCCAAGCCCACCUCGACAUAUUCCGAGAUGGAUGGGAUAACCAUCCUCUUUCAACUGAGGGCAAUCUAACUCCAAAUCAGCUGUGGCACCUGGGGCAGCAGUACCAUUCUGAAGAGUGUGAUGAAAUUCUACAGAUUCCACAAAUAGAUUGGGAAAGCAGUGGUCUUAUCCCCAGUCACACAAAUUCUGGCAUCCAUGUCCCUGAAACUGAAUGUCCACUGAGCCCACUGGAACUAGAUGGACUAAAGUCUACUGUGGACCCAAUGCAGCCAUCAGACAAUUUUGGGGCAAAUGUUUACAUAGCAGCACUGCAAUACAUGCAUAGCAUUGGUUAUAUCUAAGACGCUGUAAGGAUCAGCAAUGUAUAAGUGUGUGGGGGUGGGGGAGACAAAGAAUGUAUUGAUGUUUUAAACUUUAACAGGCAAAAUAAAC